AAAUCCAUCAGUGGUCGUCUAGUCACCGUCAGCAGGUCUACGGUGGUGACAGCUCCCAGGUGCGGACGACUUGCACAAACCGUUCUCUGCCUCGGUCCCGGCCAUGGCAGAGAGACGAGGAAGACCACCAAGAAACUUUUAACGUGUCGCUAAUUUUUUUUUAAAUAAUACCUAACAUGGUGUUGCUUAGUCUUUUCAAACAUGGCAAGAUAAUUUUCAACACUAAUGCAAAUGGCGUUAGUGCUGCUUGCAGUCGUAGGACACAUCCUCGCAGCUGACCCGGAGGCGCCUCGAAUCCAUGGACAGCAGAAGCUGGCGACAGCGGCCGACUGUUCGGGUGCCGUGGGCUUCAGCGGGGUUGGAACCCACCAAGUACACGACACCGGGCUGAUCGGCUACAGGACGACGCUCGUCGACAGGGGCGUCGGAUUCAGCAGGGAGACGGGAGAGUUUACAGUCCAUUGCCCCGGGAUCUACCACAUAGCCUUUGCCGCCUACAGCAAUACUCCCAACACGAGGAUCAUUCUGAAGAAGAGGGGAGCCGGCAAGGGCUCGACCUGGACGGAGGUCGCAUCUGCAGGAGGUGAAAAGAGCGGCGGCGGGUCCAACCAGAUCCUCCUGGAGCUGGAAGUCGGCGAUCAGACAGGAGUUUGGCUCGCGGACAGGAGGGUGAACAUCGCGACAGACAACGAUCGAGCCGCACCCUCCACCACCUUCACAGCUUUCAGAAUUGCCAAGAAAUAACCACCUCCAAAUACCCUCCCCAUUAACGUCCCUUUAGUUGGAGGUAUUUCUCAAGACAAAUCCAUUCUUCCGUGGAUCUAGUCAUCCUAUUCUGUUUCCACAUUGAGCUUAUUUCUUCUGUUGAUUCUUAUCUGCACGUUACCGAAUAAAGAAAACUGUGUUGUACUUAAACAUCUAACAAGAAAAACUUUAUUAUAUCUUUAUUAUACCUUUAAAGGCAUGAAUGUUGCAUGUUACUAUAUUUCUUCUUUCCUUUCUUUAUUUUUCAAAAAAU